UGCUGCCUGGAGAGCCAGACACCGCGCGGGAGGCGGAGAGGAGGCAGAUCCGACCUGCUGGGGGGGACCGAGACCCGCAGACGGCGGGAGGAGCGGCCACUCACAGCCUGACAGGGGGACGCGGGCCCUGACUGACAGACACAGAGGCACAGAGCAGGCCCACGAGGGACCAAGCCACAGAGAGGCACCCGGGCCCGCCACCGCCAGGAGGGGACGCCGGUCGCAAGGGGCGAACCCGUCUGCCUGUUGCAAGGAGAACCCCCCGGCCGGUGCCUGUUUCGCAGGCCGGCCUUCCACACGGCCAUUAGGACGAAGCACCACACGUGGCGAGAGCAUCUGGGAGCCAGCGGGCAGCGAGGCAGCUUGAGGACUCUGUGCACAGGGCUCAUCCGAUUCCCUUGACCUGGAGGGAAAGCAAAAGAUGACAGAGAAUUCCGCCUCGGCCCCUGCCACCAAGCCCAAACGGGCCAAGGUGGCCAAGAAGUCAACAGAUCACCCCAAGUACUCUGACAUGAUAGUGGCCGCCAUUCAAGCUGAAAAGAGCCGGGCUGGCUCUUCUCGCCAGUCCAUCCAGAAAUACAUUAAGAGCCACUACAAAGUGGGGGAGAAUGCUGACUCCCAAAUCAAGUUGGCCAUCAAGAGGCUGGUCACCACUGGUGUCCUCAAGCAGACCAAAGGGGUCGGCGCGUCUGGCUCUUUCCGCCUGGCCAAGGGUGAUGAACCCAAGAAGCCACCCCCAGCUAAGAAAGCCAAGAAGGAAGUCAAGAAGGCCACGACGCCCAGGAAAGCAGCUAAGCCCAAGAAAGCUGCCACCAAGUCCCCAGCCAAGAAGCCCAAAGCUGCUGCCAAGAAAGCCAAAAAGAAGCCAGCAGCUGCGCCAAAGAAAGCCAAGAAGCCAAAAACUGUCAAGGCCAAGCCAGUGAAGGCAUCAAAGCCUAAAAAGGCAAAACCAUCAAAACCCAAAGCAAAGUCCAGUGUGAAGAAAUCAGCCAAGAAGAAGUGAAGUGCAAGUCUGGGAUCUUCUUUCUUGGACACUGUUCUUCACCUCUACUUCUGUAAAUAGUUUUCUCCUUUAUUCUUUUCUCUCUUUCUAUUGCAACUUUAUAAAAGACUGGACUAUUGUUUCCCUGAAAUAGUUAAAAUAAUUCAGUUACUAAAAAUAACAACGCAGUGCUGAAACUUGUCUUAU